GUCGCCAUGGUUACCACUUCCUCCUAGUGUCCGUACUAUGGAGCCAUCAGUGAUCAGUAUUAGGGUCCUGAUCCCGGUAUUGGCCCCGAUACCUAAUCCUAUAGCUACAGUCCGGAGCCCAUCAGCCGGUGAGGUCUCCAGAACUGACCCCAUUAGGACAUCGCUGUCUAUUAUUCAGUGGAGGAGUUGGAGGACACAAGGAUCUGUACCAGGACAUAGUCAUGAUGGAGGAUCACCGGCCCCUCACAUCACAAGAUGGAGUCAUUGAUAGAAAUCCACCCGAGAGGUGUCCCCGCCCUCUGGACAGUCCUGGGAAUACAGAGGGAAAUGUCCCAGAGAAGCAUCAGGUUGAAGAUCAGAUUAAUAUUAAGAUUGAGCCCGAAGAGGAGAUGGAUUUCUGGGCCGAUCCGCCGUGUAUGAGGGAAGUAAAGGAGGAAAUUCCAGGAGGUGUUGUCCCAGAUGGAGUCAUUGAUAGAAAUCCACCCAAGAGGUGUCCCCGCCCUCUGUAUUCCCAGGACUGUCCAGAGGGAAAUGUCCCAGAGAAGCAUCAGGAUAAAGAUCUGAUGGAUAUUAAGGUUGAGGUUAAAACUGAACCAGAAGAGGAGACGGAUUUCGGGGCCUAUCAGCAGUAUGAAGUCAUUGAUAGAAAUCCACCCGAGAGGUGUCCCCGUCCUCUGUAUUCCCAGGACUGUCCAGAGGGAAAUGUCCCAGAGAAGCAUCAGGUUGAAGAUCUGAUGUAUAUUAAGGUUGAGGUUAAAGAUGAACCAGAAGAGGAGACAGAUUUUUGGGCCGAUCACUCGUGUAUGAGGGAAGUGAAGGAGGAAAUCCCAGGAGGUGUUACCCCAGGAAAUCCCAGUAAGAAUUUUGAGGGAAACUUCAUGUUAUUCCUGAAUGAUAAAGGAGAAGAUGAAGAUAUGAUGGAGCGCUCCUCAGGAGAAGACCUCCUUACCCCUAAUGUCUAUCCACAUCUAUCCUAUAAUAAUCCACCUGAUCAUGGGGAACCUUCUCCUGACCAACCACACAUUGUUAUCACAUGGACAGAUCAGAAAGGGGAGAAAGUUUUAUAUUGUGAGGAAUGUGGAAGAGAAUUUACAAGAAAAUCAGAACUUGUUAGACACAGAAAAAGUCAUAUAGGAAAGAAGCUGUAUGUGUGUUCAGAAUGUGGGAAAUCCUGUAAAUGUCAAUCAGCUCUUACUAUACAUGAGAGAAUCCAUACAGGGGAGAAGCCAUAUUCAUGUUCAGAAUGUGGAAAAUGUUUUAAAAGUAAAGCAGAGCUUCUUAAACAUGAGAGAUUACACACAGGAGAGAAGCCAUAUUCAUGUUCAGAAUGUAGAAAAUGUUUUAAAAUUAAAUCGGAGCUUGUUAACCAUGAGAGAAAACACACAGGAGAGAAGCCAUAUUCGUGUUCAGAAUGUGGAAAAGGUUUUAAAAGUAAAGCAGAGGUGGUUAAACAUGAGAAAAUACACACAGGAGAAAAGCCAUAUUCGUGUUCCGAAUGUGGAAAAUGUUUUCGAAAUAUAACGCAGCUUGUUUCACAUAAGAGAAUUCACAUGGGAGAAAAGCCAUUUUCAUGUUUAGAAUGUGGCAAAUGUUUUACACACAAAUCAAAUCUUGUUACACAUGAGAGAAGUCACACAGGAGAGAAGCCAUAUUCAUGUUCUGAAUGUGGGAAAUGUUUUAUAAGUAUAUCAGAUCUUAGGAGACAUGAGAGAAUUCACGCAGGAGAGAAGCCGUAUUCAUGUUCAGAAUGUGGGAAAUGUUUUAAAUGUAAAUCAGAACUUGUUAUACAUAAGAGAAUUCACACAGGAGAGAAGCCGUAUUCAUGUUCUCAAUGUGGGAAAUGUUUUACACAAAAAUCAGUUCUGAUAUUGCAUGAGAGAUGUCACACAGGAGAGAAGCCAUAUUCAUGUUCUGAAUGUGGGAAAUGUUUUACAGGUAAAUCAAAUCUUGUUAAGCAUGAGAGAAUUCACACAGGAGAGAAGCCGUAUUCAUGUUCACAAUGUGGGAAAUGCUUUAAAAGUAAAUCAGAUCUUGUUAUACAUGAGAGAAUUCACACAGGAGAGAAGCCGUAUUCAUGUUCACAAUGUGGGAAAUGUUUUACCAACAAACCAAGUCUUGUUAAGCAUGAGAGAAGUCACACAGGAGAGAAGCUGUGUUCAUGUUCAGAUUGUGGUAAAUGUUUUAUAAGCAAAUCAGAUCUUGUUAUACAUGAGAGAAUUCACACAGGAGAGAAGCCAUAUUUGUGUUCAGAAUGUGGGAAAUGUUUUACAAGUAAAGGAAAUCUUCUUACACAUGAGAGAAGUCACACAAGGGAGAAGAACUAUCAAUGUUUGGAAUGUGGGAAAUGUUUUAUAUAUCAAUCCCAACUUUCUGGACACAAGAGAAGUCACACUGUAGUCUGAUGGAUGAAAUAAUAAAUGAUAAAAAAUAUAAUAAUAUAGAGAAUGGAAAUAUGAGAUUUUAGGUAUCGGUAAAAUGUGAUGUGUCUUAAGUUCUGUUGUGAGAAUUAACCCUUGAAUAAACAUUUUAAUGAAACCUAAGCAGAAGCUAAAGCCAACAUCAUCUCUUGGUCAUCAGCACCUGGGGUCAUGUGACCUUUGUAGGUAAAUAACGGUAAUGAGAAGUAAUAUGUAAUGCUAUUGUGUAUCAUUUAGUAGUGACUUGUAGCUCUACACUACAGUAUGAUUGGAUGAUUUCUAUGGAUGAUAAUGAUUGGUGAUUACUAUGUAUUACCUCGGCCUCAUUUCCAUUAGAAAUAUUACUGAUUGUAUCUCAUGUGUCACUUCUGUCCUAUCAGGACACUUCUGUGUUGUCCCUAAUAAGUAAAAUCCUGUGUGUGAACCGGUCCCUAUAACAAGAGGUUGUCCCUGUGAGUCCUUGUGGACAUGGAGAAGGGACAUUCUUGGUGUUUCUCCAGACAGGGGUGCGGAGUGCUGCUGGGGAGACAGUGGAUUUGUAGGGGUCCCCGGCAGGGGGUGGGGUUAUUGCUGUUCUAUAUGAGCGGGCUCUGUCCCCAUUAUCCAGGCUCCGGUCUCUGUGUCCUCUGAGGAAGAAACAUUUUCUCUUUAUAUUCAUUUUUUUUUCCGUCUUCUGAGACAUGAGAGAAUUCACACAGGAGAGAAGCCAUAUUCAUGUUCAGAAUGUAGAAAAUGUUUUAAAAUUAAAUCAGAGCUUGU